AAAAGGCGGAUUUGAGCUUCGGAACUUCUCCUACUCCGAUUUCAAAUCCCCAAGCCUUGCCCCUGCUCUUUCAGUCUUCAAAUAUUAUUUUACCCUUCUUCUCCCUCUUCCAUUCCCUACUCUUAGCUAAACUCCUUAGAGAUGACUGCAAGUCUAAUGGAGAAUCCAUUGAAAUCCCACAAAUCCAGAGCCUAUCAAAAGGCAAAAGGAAAAGGAAUGGUGGCACCCUUUGCCUUUCUUUUCUCCAUUGUGUUUUACUUCUCUAUCUUCUACGUCUUCAGCUUUUCACCGUCGGCUCUUUUUAGCGAUAACAAGUUCUGGUUCGUCAUUUCCAACACUCUCAUCCUCAUCAUUGCCGCUGAUUACGGUGCUUUCUCUUCCUCCAAAGACCAGAAGCGUGACUUUUUCGACGAAUAUUACGCCUUGCGUAGCCAAGCAGCCAGGACGACGACUACUACUGUUGCUCCUCCAUUUGUUUCACAAUACCCCGAAAUUGUGAAAAAGAACAUUCCCGUGGAAGAAGAGAUUACUUCGAAUGAAAAGAAUAAAGCAGAUGAUCAUGUAAUCGAAAUGAACAAUGAAUUUAUCCCUGAAAAGAUAUUGGAAAUUGUCAAAAUUGAACCUUCAACUGACAAUUUCCAAGCAAAGACUACUCAGCGGGACGAAACUCCUAUUAAAGCAGCUGAUAAUGGAACUUGUUGUGAUCACCAGGUAAUAAUGAUCAACAACAAGAACAAGAAGAAGAAGAUUGAACCAAAAACUAUCCGACGAAGCAAGUCUGAAAAAGUGAAACAUGUUAAUAAAGCACUUGACGACAAGAAGAAGGGUGCUUUAUAUCGUUCAAAGACGGAAAAGCAGCAUGAACAUGAGGAACCAAGUGCCAAAGACGACGAGUUUUCCACCAUGUCAAAUGAGGAACUUAACAGGAGAGUCGAAGAGUUCAUUGAGAAGUUCAAUCGCCAAAUUAGGCUUCAAGGUGCUAGAAAUCGCCAACUUUUGGAAUUGGAAUAGGAGAUACUGUAAUAGUUAUACAACCAAAAAAGAAAAAGAAAAAAAAAAAAAACCUGUCAGCUUCAUUAUGGUUUUGAUUGGGUGUACUUUGUCUUCCCACUUUGUUUUUGUUGUCUUCCAUUAGAAAGUACGAUAGCUGGUGGUCGGUGUAAAUGGUUUGGAGUUUAGUAAGAACUAAGAAGAGUUAUCUUUUUCAAUUCCCUUUCAACGAUUUUCGUUUUCAAAA